CUUGCAAAUUUUCGAAAAAAUUGGUCACAUGACUCCAGUUUUGACCGGUUUACGUAACACAGUCGACUUGAUCAGUUAUCAAAUAGGUUGUCAAUGUCACAUUUUCUAACCUCAUUUCGAAAGAAAAUUUUUAUUUAUAUUUACAGUGUGUAAGUAGGUAAAUAAGAUAAAACAAAUCUCAAAAUUAAGGUGGUUCCGGAUGAUUUCCAUAAGGAAAAGAAAAUUUUCCACCUUUCCCGGCAAGAUAAUGAGGCCGAACAAAAACCAAGACUAUGACGCCUGUAUUGAGGCUCUAAAUAACUUACAAACUAACGCGCAAUACAUCAAAACGAAAGCACUGACGAAUAAUCACAACGGCGAUCAACUUACUCAAGUAAAAAAAUAUCUCUACAGGGCUGGGCUAUCUUUGGAAAAUCUCGACGACUUAUCGGUGAUUCACGUCGCUGGGACCAAAGGCAAAGGCACGACGUGCGCCUUCACCGAGCGCAUUUUACGCGAACAUGGCUAUAAAACAGGAUUUUUCUCCUCACCGCACCUGAUCGAAGUCAGAGAAAGGAUCCGAAUAAACGGCAAGCCGAUCUCAAAACCCGACUUUGUCAAGUCGUUUUGGAAAAUUUACAACGCCCUAGAUCAGAAAAAGAAUGACGAGCAUGACAUGCCACUCUUCUUCCGGUUCUUAACGAUAAUGGCAUUCAGCGUUUUCCUCGAACGCAAAGUCGAUGUUGCGAUCAUUGAGGUCGGGAUUGGGGGAGAGUACGAUUGCACCAAUGUUCUAAGGAAAGUCCCCGUUGUGGGUAUUACAUCACUCGGUAUCGACCACGUGACUUUACUAGGCGCCACUAUAGAGUCAAUAGCGUGGAAUAAAGCCGGAAUUAUGAAAGAAAAUUGCCGGGCCUUCACUGUGCCCCAAUGCCAGGCCGCUAUGACGGUUUUACAGGAACGCAGUAUUGAAAAAAAAUGCCAACUCGAAAUUGUGGAUGAUUUACAGUUCAAAUUCCCCCCAAACAAAUCGGCACAUCCGCCCCACAUUUUAAAUUUAAACGCUAGUCUUGCCGUGGCACUGUGUAACGCCUGGUUUUUACAAAAAAAUAACAAUAAUUUAGGGCCCGUCAUGUCGAAAGAAAUCACCGAAAAAGCACUGUUUGCCACCACCUGGCCUGGCCGGUUCCACGUUAAACACGAUAAGAACAUAUCAUAUUACCUAGAUGGGGCGCACACGCUUGAGAGCAUCACAAUCUGCUCCAGUUGGUUCAAAGACAUUACCAGAAAUUCGCAAAAGAAGAAGGCUCUAAUGUUUAACGUUACUGGUGAUAGGUGUGCCGAAAACUUACUGAAACAAUUGCAAACCUGUCACUUUGAUGCUGUUUUGUUUGUUAGUAAUAGUGCGACGAGGUGUAGGCCUGAUAACAGUAAUCACGCGUCUUCAGACGAGUUGCUGGAGAAGUGUCACCAGCAUAAAAAGUUGUGGUUGAAGCUGGAAGAAGACAGUUUGAAGAAAAGCCAAAUGUGUAAAGCUUUCUUGACGGUUGAUGAGGCACUGGAGUUUUUGGUAAAUCAGGAUCAGUUCGAUUUGUUGGUCACAGGGUCCAUCCAUUUAGUUGGUAGUGUUUUAAGUUUGAUCGAUCCCAAUUUAAACGAUUAAGGUAAACAAGUAAAUAAGAAAACACUGAUAAGAUUUUUUUUCUUUAUUAUGUUUAAAAAAAUAUGUAUACAGAGAUCACUUCAAGGAUUGUAAAUAUCGUUAGUCGAGUGAAAUUGUUUUUAAUUACAAUAAAAACUACACUUGU